CAAGAUUAAGAUCAGCUGUUUUAUUGUCACUGUCAAACAACCUAAUGUUUUCGUAUUGUAAACAUAACCUUAAAAAAAAGUUCCGUGAGCUUUGAACUGCCUUUUACUUUAUGAAAAAAAAAAUACAUAUGUCUUAAAAUGUUUCAAAACCUACUAAAUGUUUGUAGGAAGACACAAAUAUUUCCAGAGUUCCGUCGGCUAUUGCUGUCCGAAAACCACAACCUCUUUUGUUUCAAGACGUCAAUAUUCUGAAGGAAUAGACAGUAAAUACAAUGAUGUAGAAAGAGAAAAGAUAUUGCAGGUUAUUAAUGAUUCCGAUGUCACAAAUCUGUCGAGUUAUGAAGUGAGUAAAGCAAACAUAAAAAACUUUUCGCAAUGGAAAAGUAGUAAUGGUAAAUUAAAAACUUUAUCAGAUAUAGAAUAUGUUGAAGGUUUCUCAGAGAAGUCAGCUAAAAAACUGUUUAAUAGUAUAUUGGGUGGACCUGCAAAACAGAAAAAAGUUGCUAAUAAAAUCAAAGGGCAGAUCUUACAGCCGGCUCUCAGUGAAAGUGUGAGAAAAGACUGUAAAUCAGUAUUAACGGUAUACAUCACAGUGAAUUCAGUUACGUGGACAAUGAUAGAUAGGAAUAACUAUGAGGUGCAGGAGUGGAAGUACUACGGCAUCGACUACCCAGACGGCAAGAAAUUCCAGAUAACUGAUAUACUGGACAUUGCUUGGCGCGUGACCCGACAGCUGCCCGAAGCGGAUAUGUACGUGAUGAAGGCCGAAGCCACGACCUUACGAGCGGCUGGCAGUGACCCCAACAAUCCCAAGGUCAUCGCCGUCAACCUGCAGAAAGCCCAGAUGGUCGCCAUGAUUGUAGCUUUGAUAAACGCCAGGAGUCAUACAGAGGAACAUGAAAGUGAGGACGCCGCAAAGGAUGCCUUGAACCAAAGGGUUUACUUCUUACGGCCAACUCUUCCAUACAGAUUGUACGGGACCCUAGUGGGAAACGAAAGAGUAUCAACAGACCAAACUGUAGAAAUUCUGUUAAAGGAACUCAAUGAGAUUUCACCCAACCAAUCCCAUGCAUACAUCCCGGAUCACUUGCAGUCCAUGUUCAGGUCGCAAAAGGACCUUCAGAAGGACAUGCUGGGCCACUGUCUGCUGCUAAGUUUGACCUUCAUGGACCUUUGUAUAUAUAGGAAUCAGGAAAGAAUAGCCAAGCUUAGUAAGCGAGGUGAGUAGUACUAAAUAAAUAUAUAGAUAUUGUUAUAAAUGUUUUGUAGUGUAAAUAAAUU